AUGCCAUGGUGUCCAGAACCUGACGUUGUGCAGGUAUCCGUCGACCAGGAGCAGUUGGAUGUCGCAAGAAGCGAUCGCGAAGGUACCCGCACGUCGCUGUCUUCGGACACCCCCGUGAAUCUGAUCAGAGGUGUUGCCGCGGACUUGUGCCUGCAAGGCUGGGGCACCCAUUUUGACACUUGUGCGAGCAAGGUCAAUGCCGCAAAGGACUAUCAGUUGAGCCAGCAUACCGAUUCCAUCGAGGCGUUCUUGAGCCAUGACUGGCAAACUUCACGCUUUUCCAAAACCGUGGCUCUGCUGAUUGUUUUCAACAGCAUUCCAGCCGCAUGGACAAGCUUCUUGCUCGCCCUGCUUUGCUGUUGCCUCCUCGUUCUUGACGUCUUUCCAGGUGGCUGGCCACUGGCGAGCUGUUUGUGCUGCUGCGGUUUCUAUUUCUGCCUUUGUUUUUGGCAGAGAAUUCGGCGUUUACUAUGCGUCAGGAGCACGUUGGUGUUUCUGGAUCGUCUAUGCAUCGCGCAACAUGACGAAGACCUGAAGCAAGCAGGCAUACUUGGCAUAGCAGGCUUCCUCUCGAGCUCGCGCAAGCUCAUUAUCUUGUGGUCGCCGCAGUACUGCUCGAGGCUGUGGUGCACCUUCGAGCUAGGCGCUUUCCUGCGGGAUGAAGAGUCGAGACCGAUUCAGUUCAUACCCGUCUCGCUCUCACUCUUUCUGCUUGCGCAGUCCGUUUUGAUUUCAAGUUUGUGGGGCUGGUCCUUGAUCAUAAGCGACUUCGAAGACAGAGCCACCCUCGUUUCGGAAGACACAAGAUUCGCUGCUUACCUGCCUGUGCUUUUGGGCUUCCUCUUGCCCGUGGGUGUCAUCAUCCAGCCCAUCAUGCUCCACUAUGGGCUGCGACAUAUGCGGGAACUGAUUGCAGUGAGGGACCGGAUGGCCAACUACAGCAUUCGAGCGUGUGAGUGCACAUGCUGCAAAGUGGAUCACUGUGACCCUGGAACUGGCAGUGAGAUGUUGUGCGACCGGAAGCUCAUUUUUGCGACUUUGCGCAGGUGGUACGGCCACAGCACAGACACUGACAGCCACACCGACGAGCUCUGGGAUCCAGAAUUCUAUUUGGACCGCUUUGAUCGCCUCGUCCGCGAGCGCGUUGCCUCCUCGCUUCUGCGAUUUGAUGGGACGCGUACCCAGGUGGAGAGCGAUUUCGUACCCUUAUGGUUAUAA